AUGGACGGUUACACGUUGAUUCACGACCCGAAUGCGGCCACCAAGACCUCAGUCAAUGAGUACAAAAAUGCGUUGGAGAAAGGUCUGGACGAGCUCAAGAUCGCCACGAUGAAGAAGAUCUUGAUCACGCUUCUCAACGGGGAUGCAUUGCCCGACUUGUUGAUGCACAUCAUCAGAUUUGUCAUGCCCUCCAGAAACAAAGAGUUGAAGAGAUUAUUAUACUUCUACUGGGAAGUGUGUCCUAAGUUGGACGAGCACGGAAAGAUGAGACACGAAAUGAUCUUGGUGUGUAACUCGAUCCAACGGGACUUGCAGCAUCCCAACGAGUACAUCAGAGGUAGCACCUUGAAAUACUUGACCAAGUUGAAGGAGCCUGAGUUGUUGGAGACUUUGGUGCCAAACGUGCGCCAGUGUCUUGAGCACCGUCACGCCUACGUCAGAAAGAACGCCAUCUUUGCCAUCUACUCCAUUUACAAGGUCUCCGAUCACUUGUCCCCAGAUACCGACGAGUUGAUCUACAGAUUCUUGUAUGACGAGUCCGACUCGGUGUGUAAGAGAAACGCCUUUGUUUGUUUGGGUGACUUGAACAGAACCGCCGCUUUGCAAUACAUCCAAGACAACAUUGAAGUGAUCGAAACCUUGGACUCCUUGUUACAAUUGGCUUUCCUUGAAUUCAUUCGUAAGGACUCGGUGGAAAACCCUUCCUUGAAGCAACAAUAUACCCAAUUGGUUACCGAAAUUAUCGAGAGUGCUUCUUCGAACGUUGUUAUCUAUGAAGCUGCCACCACCUUGACCACCUUGACCACUAACCAACAAUCCAUCUUAUUGGUUGGCCAAAAGUUUGUUAACCUUGCCAUCAAAGAGUCCAACAACAACGUUAAGAUCAUCACAUUGGACAGAAUCAACCAGCUCCACAAGGAUCACCCUGGUGUUUUACAAGACUUGUCCUUAGAAAUUUUGAGGGUAUUAUCUUCUCAAGAUAUUGAUGUCCGUAAAAAGGCUCUUGAAGUCACUUUGAAGUUUGUCACAAACAGAAAUGUCGAAGAUAUUGUCAAAUUGUUGAAAAACGAACUUCAAAGAACUGCAUCCAUUAAUGAAGACAAGACUUCGGAAUACAGACAAUUAUUGAUCAACGCUAUACAUCAAUUGGCCAUUAAGUUUGUUGAAGUGGCUACUAAUGUUGUGGAUUUGUUAUUGGAAUCCUUAGGUGAUUUGAACACCUCUUCUGCUUAUGAAGUUAUCACUUUCGUCAAGGAAGUGAUCGAAAAGUUCCCUAAAUUAAGAGAAGCUAUCGUCACCAAGUUGAUAGAGGUCUUGCCAGUCAUCAAGAGUGGCAAGGUGUUCCGUGGUUCAUUAUGGAUCAUCGGUGAAUACUCAUUGGAAGAAAAAUUGAUCCAAGAUUCUUGGAAGUACAUCAGAUCAAGUAUUGGUGAAGUGCCAAUCUUGGCCAGCGAGAAGAGAGCAGCUGAAGGUACUCACAAGGAGUCAGAAGAAGAACAUGAACACUCAGAGAAGAGUAAGAAGGGUCCAGUGGUUUUACCAGAUGGUACCUAUGCCACUGAAAAUGCAUUAACUGCUGAGGUUUCUAGCUCAACUGAUGAUGACGAAAAGCCACCUAUCCGUAAAUUGAUUUUAUCUGGAGAUUUCUAUCUCGGUGCUGUUCUUGCCUCCACUUUAGUGAAGCUUGUCUUGAGAUUACAACGUCUCAAAACUCAACCAAAGUUCUUGAAUGCUUUGAAAGCUGAAGCCUUGUUAAUAAUGGUUUCUAUUUUAAGAGUCGGUGAGUCCCAAUAUGUCACUAAGAUGAUUGAUGAAGACUCUGCAGACAGAAUUUUGUCCUACAUCAGACUCUUGAAUGAUGAGGAAGAUGCUGAAAUCAUCGAAAGAGGAUUUUUGGAAGACACCAAGGAAGCUUUCAAGUCCCAAAUCGAGACUAUGGAACUCGAGAAGUCCGAGCUUGAAGCUAAGGAUUUCAACGAGCAUGUUGAACAAAUUGACGACUCCAUCGUUUUCAGACAGUUUGACAAGGAUGCUUCAAAAUCCAAGUCAUCCAACAUUGAUGACAUCACAUUGGCUUCUGGUAAUGACUUGAAGAAGGAAAACUUAUCAUCCAGAUUGAACAAGAUUUUACAAUUGACUGGUUUCUCCGACCCUAUAUAUGCCGAGGCUUUCGUCAAGGUUCAUCAAUACGAUGUUGUUUUGGAUGUCUUGUUGGUUAAUCAGACUACCAAUACCUUGAGAAACUUAUCUGUUGAAUUCGCUACCCUUGGUGACUUGAAGGUGGUUGACAAGCCAGCCACUGCCAACAUUGGGCCACAUGGUUUCUACAAGCUUCAGACUACCGUCAAGGUUACUUCUGCUGAUACUGGUGUGAUUUUCGGUAAUAUCGUGUACGAUGGUCAACACUCAGAUGACUCAACCAUUGUUAUUUUAAACGAUGUGCAUGUGGAUAUCAUGGAUUAUAUCAAACCUGCUACAUGUACUGAAAGUCAAUUCCGUAAGAUGUGGAAUGAGUUUGAAUGGGAGAACAAGAUUACCAUUAAGUCUCAAAUUACUUCUUUGAAGGAGUACUUGGAAGAAUUGUUGAAGGGCACUAACAUGAACUGUUUGACUCCAGGAGCUGUCAUCGGAGAAGAAUGCCAGUUUUUGUCAGCUAAUUUAUAUUCCAGAUCUUCGUUUGGUGAGGACGCAUUAGCCAAUUUGUGUAUUGAGAAGCAAACGGAUGGGCCAAUCAUUGGUCACGUCAGAAUCAGAUCCAAGGGUCAAGGUUUGGCAUUGUCCUUGGGUGACAGAGUUGCAUCUAUUUCUAGAAAAGCCAAAACUGCUGACGCUGUGAAGGUAUAG